CACACACACACACAUACACACACACACACGCACACACAUACAGACACACCUUCCCCUAAGAGACAAACUGGAACAUUUGUCCUUUUGUUGCCGAGCGAAGACCCAACAGUAUCCUGUGCACAAUGCGACUCAAUUAUUGUCUGCUUUUUGCUGUAGCUGCUGUUGUUGUGCUCUGGUUUGUUUACUUCAAUUAUAAUUGCUUCUUGCUCAGAAGUGGUGUGCAUGAUGUGCUGGAGAGCAACCCGAGUUUGGGAAAAAAACAACACAUUAAUAUGGAUUUACACUUUCCUGAGGGAAUUAAAUACAACCAGCCAGGUGUGAGUAAUAGUCGGGGAGACAUUACCACGUUGACCCCAUGGUUAGCUCCGAUUGUGUGGGAAGGAACGUUUGAUCAGUCUGUGAUUGAUGGCAUUUACUUACAACAAAAUAUCACUGUGGCAACCACAGUAUUCGCACUGGGAAAGUAUGUACGAUUCCUGAAGGAGUUUCUGGAGUCUGCAGAGCAGCACUUCAUGCUAGGUUAUCGUGUACAUUAUUACCUGUUUACAGAUAACCCAGAUGAGGUUCCUACAGUAACACUAAGGGAAGGUCGUCAGCUAAUAAAGAUAAAAACAGUGAGCUCAAACCGCUGGCAGGAAAUCACACUGCGCAGGAUGGAGAUGAUUGAAAAAAUAAUUGAGGAACGACUUGUCAAUGAGGCUGACUACAUCUUCAGCCUAGACGUUGACACCAAAUUCUAUGGGCACUGGGGGGCAGAAACUCUGGCUGAUAUUGUCGCUGUGCUGCACCCUGGGUAUUUCGGAACAGGACGCACAGGAUUCCCAUAUGAGAGACGUCCUGAAUCUGUGGCCUUUAUUCCCCCAGAGGAUGGAGACUACUACUACGGGGGAGCUGUAAUUGGUGGACGCAUCGACAGUGUAUACAAGCUGGCAAAGACUUGUCGCACACAGCUGGACAUUGACCGGGCCAAUAAAAUUGAAGCAGCAUGGCAGGAGGAGUCUCACCUGAACAAGUACUUCCUGUACAACAAACCCAAAAAGGUGCUUUCACCUGAGUACUUGUGGCAGGACUUUAAAGCCAAAACCAGCGAAAUGAAAGUAAUUCGCUUCUCACAAGUGAUUAAGAACUAUGCUGAGGUUCGACCAAAUCCAUAACGCACACCCCUUUCUCAAAUCUUCACAAAAAAAAUGAAACCUCCUUAAAUCUCCUCUUGGUUUUCCUGUAGAACAUAAGAAUGUAAACUAUUGAUUGUAUUAUUUAACUGAAGAAGACCCCUUUUACUGCAGAGACUGCAAAGAAACAAUAAACAUCCUGAAAACUUCCCACCUGCCAACACAGAGCAUCAUCACCAGUACACCAGCAGCACUAUGAAAAGGUUUUACUAAAACAACUGAAAAUAAAAAAAUCCUAAAAUGAUUUUUAAAUGUGUAGCUUAAUAAAACGGGUUAGGAACAUUCAAAAACAUUUCUACCUAACUCUAACACCAACCCUGUAACACUUACCCCUAACACUAACCCUUUAACACCAACCCUGUUACUCUCAUCCUCUAACACCAACCAACUUACUCCGUAACACUAAACUAAUCCCCCCCCCCCCCAACCCUAACUCUAGGGAAAAAUU